AUGGGCCGUCAUUACCCUCUACGACUUACGAGUCAAUAUUAUGUUUGCAUUCAUUGCAAAACGCACCUUGCGUUUAAAGGCCAUUUAAUCAGUCGUGACUAUACUGGCCGUUAUGGUCGUGCAGCUCUCAUAAAGAGAAUAGAAAAUGUGAUCGAAAUGCAAUCGGUCACUGAAGAAAUGCUGUCCGGUAAAUAUAUCGUCCGUCGUGUACAUUGCUGUCGAUGCCACGCGAAUGUAGGUUGGAAAUAUGUACUCGCAUACAAACCAUCAGAAAAAUAUAAAGAAGGAAAUUAUAUACUAGAACUGAAUGUUUCCUCUCUCAUUCGUGAUGAAAUUGAUGCGAGCGAAUGUAUUGUACAACCUCCAAUUGCCUUUUUGUCCUCUUCCUUAUAG